AUGGGGAUGUCCAAUGCUGACAGACAGAGAAAAUACAGGCAGAAGAGAGAUGCCUCAUUCCAGAGCCAGAAAAGAAGGACAACAUUUAAGUAUGACCAGUUCUUUGAUCGUGUUUUACUCAGAAAUCAAAUAAUCUCUAGACCAGAUUCACCCUCAUUUACAAGGGAAGAUGAAGCUUUUGAAGAGGAGGACACCAUUUCAUUUCAAUCAUAUGCCCUCUCAUCCGAGCAGCAGCAGCCAUGUGCCCUCUCAUCUGAGCAACAGCAGCCAUGUGCCCUCUCAUCCGAGCAACAGCAGCCAUGUGCCCUCUCAUCCGAGCAACAGCAGCCAUGUGCCCUCCCAUCUGAGCAACAGGAGCCAUGUGCCCUCCCAUCUGAGCAACAGGAGCCAUGUGCCCUCCCAUCCGAGCAACAGGAUCCAUGUGCCUUCCCAUCUGAGCAACAAGAACCAUGUGCCUUCUUAGACAACUCCAGUGUUCAGCAAUCUGCAUCAGCUCUUCAUUGCAAGUCCAAAUUUACCGUGCGUUCAAGGAACAACUCUGGACACAAGAUGCGAUUUUACCCGAAAUGGCAGUUAGGCAGACCAUGGCUGGUAAACAAAGUGGAGUUCAGCAGUGAUGGGCUUUCUUUUGAUGCUAUGUACUGA